CCCGCCAUCUCGCCGCUCGGGUUCUCACGCCCCGCCGGCAGCCCCGGGGGUCCCUUCGGCCUCGCUCCAGCCGCCCCCGCACGCUCUCCCCGGGCGGCCGCCGCGCCCCCCCGAUCCCCGGCUCGCCGCCUCCCGCGACCCGGACCCGCGCCCCGACUCCGCCUCUCCCGCGGACCCGCGCACUCCCGGCGCGGCCUCUUCCUCCACGCCGGCCACUGAGCACUCGGCCGCCCCGCUCCUCCUCCUCCUCCCCUCCUGGCCCGGCUCUCCUCGCGCUCCCCGGGCGCCCUCGGUCUCGCGCUCUCCGAGGCCGAGCGCGCUCCCGGCCCGCGCGCUCCGGGCUCCGGCUUCUCCCGGCUCCUGUCAGUGCGGUGACUGCGCUGGGAAACAUGGCGACCGAGGGAAUGAUCCUCACUAACCACGAUCAUCAAAUCCGUGUCGGAGUCCUCACAGUGAGUGAUAGCUGCUUCAGGAAUCUUGCAGAAGAUCGCAGUGGGAUAAAUCUCAAAGAUCUCGUACAGGAUCCUUCUCUGUUGGGUGGAACUAUAUCAGCAUACAAGAUAGUACCAGACGAAAUAGAAGAAAUCAAGGAAACCCUGAUAGAUUGGUGUGAUGAAAAGGAACUUAAUUUGAUCUUAACAACUGGAGGGACAGGGUUUGCACCACGAGAUGUCACUCCGGAGAAAUUCCCAACAUUCCCAUUUUGUGGGCUCCAGAAAGGGGCCACAAAAGAAGUGAUAGAGCGGGAAGCACCAGGGAUGGCCCUGGCAAUGCUGAUGGGAUCACUUAAUGUUACACCUCUGGGCAUGCUCUCUAGACCUGUAUGUGGAAUUAGAGGGAAAACUCUCAUCAUUAACCUACCUGGUAGCAAGAAAGGAUCUCAGGAAUGCUUUCAGUUCAUACUGCCAGCUCUACCUCACGCCAUCGACCUUUUACGUGAUGCCAUUGUGAAAGUAAAGGAGGUGCAUGAUGAACUUGAAGAUUUACCUUCACCACCACCUCCUCUUUCCCCUCCUCCCACAACCAGCCCUCAUAAACAGACAGAAGACAAAGGGGUUCAAUGUGAGGAAGAGGAAGAAGAGAAGAAAGAUAGUGGUGUUGCUUCAACAGAAGAUAGUUCGUCGUCACAUAUCACUGCAGCAGCCAUUGCUGCCAAGAUCCCAGACUCCAUCAUUUCUCGUGGUGUUCAGGUGCUCCCACGAGACACAGCGUCCCUCAGCACUACUCCUUCAGAAUCCCCUCGUGCUCAGGCCACGUCUCGCCUCUCCACAGCCUCCUGCCCAACACCAAAACAAAUUAGACGGCCGGAUGAAAGCAAAGGAGUUGCUAGUAGAGUUGGAUCCCUCAAACUCCACUCUAGAUUGGAAGGGCUUAAAGAUGAACUCUGGAGGAAUAGAGGCUACGACUUAAGAGUCCAGUCCAGAUGCAGCAGCAAGGAGAACAUUCUCAGAGCCAGUCACAGUGCUGUCGAUAUCACGAAGGUGGCUAGAAGACAUCGAAUGUCUCCUUUUCCUCUGACAUCCAUGGACAAAGCCUUUAUCACGGUCCUGGAGAUGACCCCGGUGCUUGGGACGGAAAUCAUCAAUUACCGAGAUGGAAUGGGGCGAGUCCUUGCUCAAGAUGUAUAUGCAAAAGACAACCUUCCCCCUUUCCCCGCAUCAGUAAAAGAUGGCUAUGCGGUCCGAGCUGCUGAUGGCCCAGGAGACCGUUUCAUCAUUGGGGAAUCCCAAGCUGGUGAACAGCCAACUCAAACAGUAAUGCCAGGACAAGUCAUGCGAGUUACAACAGGUGCUCCAAUCCCCUGCGGUGCUGAUGCAGUAGUCCAAGUGGAAGACACCGAACUUAUCAGGGAAUCAGAUGAUGGCACUGAAGAACUUGAAGUACGAAUUCUGGUGCAAGCUCGGCCAGGCCAGGAUAUCAGACCCAUCGGCCAUGACAUUAAAAGAGGGGAGUGCGUUUUGGCCAAAGGAACCCACAUGGGCCCCUCAGAGAUUGGUCUUCUGGCGACUGUAGGUGUCACAGAGGUUGAAGUUAAUAAGUUUCCAGUGGUUGCAGUUAUGUCAACAGGGAAUGAGUUGCUAAAUCCUGAAGAUGACCUCUUACCAGGAAAGAUUCGAGACAGCAAUCGUUCAACCCUUCUAGCAACAAUUCAGGAACACGGUUACCCCACAAUCAACUUGGGAAUUGUGGGAGACAACCCAGAUGACUUACUCAAUGCCUUGAACGAGGGGAUCAGCCGUGCUGAUGUCAUCAUCACAUCAGGCGGUGUAUCCAUGGGGGAAAAGGACUAUCUCAAGCAGGUGCUGGACAUCGAUCUACACGCCCAGAUCCAUUUCGGCAGGGUUUUCAUGAAACCAGGCCUGCCAACAACAUUUGCAACUUUGGAUAUUGAUGGUGUAAGAAAAAUUAUCUUUGCACUACCAGGGAAUCCUGUAUCAGCCGUGGUCACCUGCAAUCUCUUUGUUGUGCCUGCACUGAGAAAGAUGCAGGGCAUCUUGGAUCCUCGGCCAACAAUCAUCAAAGCCAGGUUAUCAUGUGAUGUAAAACUGGAUCCUCGUCCAGAAUACCACCGGUGUAUACUUACUUGGCAUCACCAAGAACCACUGCCUUGGGCACAGAGCACAGGUAAUCAGAUGAGCAGCCGUCUGAUGAGCAUGCGCAGUGCCAAUGGAUUGUUGAUGCUACCUCCAAAGACAGAGCAGUAUGUGGAGCUCCACAAGGGCGAGGUGGUGGACGUCAUGGUCAUUGGACGGCUAUGAUGCUCGCCAGCAGGAGAAAGCUUCGAUGCAUGUCCACAUAUCAUUGACUGUAUCCUGUAAUAUGCAACGGCACAGCUAGUUUUUUUUCUGAUUUGGAUGAAAGUUGAUCUGUAUAGUCAACAUCUUGAACUAUAUUUCAAAUGAAUUUAAAUAUCUUUUAAAGAACACCUAAAAAAUAAAUCUUAACAGACAACUCUAUUCUGAUUAUAUCAAAGCGAAUUUUUUCCUUUCUUGCAAAUUGCUUUGUGUGUUCAAUGCUAGAUCUGAUAGCGAUAGCUUUUAGUAGACAGCAGUAGGUGCCUGCAGAACUUGUGUUUUUCUCAUCUUUAAAAAACAACUACUUAUGCUCUUAAAUCAAGGCUGUCUGCUUAUUUAUACUAGUGUAGGCAACACUUGGAUUUCCCUUCUUAGUAUGCUUCAUAACCGCUUUACAGAGCGCUUCUGCUUGUUCUUUACCAUGUAUCUCGUGUUUAUGUGCACAGUGCCAAAAGAAGAGGGGCCGGGUGCAGGCCAUGCCCUGCCUCAAGGUCAACCCCCUUCGCAACCUCUGGGGACGUUUAUCUACCCAGUAGCCUCACGGCACAAUACUCGUGGGCAGUAACUUGAUACCUUUUAUUUGAACAAUCAGACUUGGGGGGUGGUGGGGAAAUGCUUCCUUAAGUGCUGACAGCCUUUUUAAUCAAUACAUUUAAAAUUGUACAGAACAAAAAAAAAUAAAUAAAAUAAAAUCAAAGACUGAUCUUGUACAGAUAUUAGUGUUACCAGCAUUCAUGUGAAAAUCAAGAGCAAAGACAAAAUAAUGUUGAAACAACUCUGUACCAUACAUUUUCUGUAAUGAUACUGAAACUUAAUGAAUAAAAAAAUCCUUGAUCAUUAUUAAAAA